ACUGGGAAUCAAUCGCCCUCAAUCUCCCCAAUACAAAAUUAAAAAAUAACCCCGGUCCCGCUCAACCCACCAUGGGCUGGUCGUAUAGCUUCGACCCUAUUUCCAAGGAGGACAAGCACCUGCGCCGCCUCGCUCUCGACAGGUAUGCGCUGAUUGGAUUCGCAUCGUCCUUUGCGCCGCUCAUUGCCGCCCUCCUCGUGCGCGGGGUCCUCGCUCUUCUCGCGUACUAUAAUGCGCGCAACAACCCAGACUCGCAGGGCGGCCGGUACGCUGAGAUUCCUACGUCGCCAGCCAUCAAGGCGCAACGCUUCACUACCCAGGGCAAGCUGGCAGCCUCGUGGAGGAAGCUGGUCUGGUGGAUGCAAGAUGAUGUGCAAGUUGCCGGUACAAGCUGGGGCCAGAAGGGAGAUUGGCUUAUCGGGUCGAUCUGGACGGUGUGGCUACUGAGUUUGUCGGUUAUCGGGACAGGGACCGACUAUUUCCAUCUGACGAAGCGCUUUGGCAUGAUUGCCAUUUCGCAGUUCCCCAUGCAGUACAUCCUUGCGCUGAAGCCGUUCAACUUGGCGGGUUUUGCGUUUGCUUCGUCUCACGAGGAGGUUAACCGCUACCACAGACUCCUUGGGCGCAUUGUGUACGGUCUUGUUCUGCUACACAUGGCGUUUUACCUGGCGUACUUUUUGUACGCAAACAUUGUGCUCAAGAAGCUAGCCGAGCCCAUUGUCUUCUGGGGUGUUUUGGCGGCAAUCCUCUUCAGCAGUCUCAUGGGGACGACAAUGCGCGCCAUUCGCGACUUUUCAUACCGAAUCUUCUUCCUUGUGCAUGUCGUCGCUGCAUUCGCCAUCCCCAUGUUGAUCUUCUUCCACGCGCACCAUGCUCAGCGAUAUGUUCUUAUUAUCCCGCUUGUCCUCUUUUUUGCAGACGCAGGUUACCGCCGGUUCAGCGGGCUCACGCGCCAGUCAACAGUCGAGGCCAUCCCCGGAACCAACCUGCUAAAGCUCACUGUUCACAUGCCAAAGGAGAAACUGGAGGCUUACAAAGCAGUUCCAGGCUCUCACGUCUAUCUCAGCCUGCCUGCAGAAGCCCGUGGUAUUGAGAAAGCUAGAGGCAAUCUGGCACUGCUUUUUGAAUGUCUCUUCAACCCAUUCACUGUGGCGGCUGUCACCGAGGAGAACCAGUCGCUCGUCCUUGUUGUUCGUACAAACCGCGGACCCAUGACAACGGCACUAUCGCGUCUUUCUGAGAGCCAAUCGACUCGCGAUACCCAACUAACCAUUGAUGGACCAUAUGGUUCCAUGAAGCACCAUCUCCCCUCAUUAUUAGCUUCGGGUGCCAAUCGCAUCCUCCUGAUUGCCGGAGGUGUCGGUGCUACCUUCAUCACGCCUUUAUAUGCCCACCUUGCCGAAGCAUUACCCAUGGCACGCAUACAAAUGAUUUGGGCGAUGCGCACCGCUGGUGAAGCAACGUGGACCGUCACAACCACAGAAAAGUCACUACUGGAAGACCCGCGAUUGCAGCUAUACCUUACUGGCGAUAUUUCGGGUACCCAAACCACAUCGCAUACCGACGCUGCGGAUGACGCUGAGAUUGAACUGCGGCCCAUGAAUAGUAGUCGACACGGUAGGCGCGGCCUCACUGCCCAGCACAAUCGUCGCAGACCGGAUCUACAGAAACUCAUUGAUGAUGCAUUUACUCUGACCAGAGAAGAAACCGUUGCGGUAAUCGUCUGUGGUCCUGAAAGUAUGGCCCAAGAUGCCAGGCGCCAUAUACGACCGUGGGUUAUGAAGGGCAGAAGCGUGUGGUGGCACAACGAGACUUUUGCAUGGUAGCCCAUUACAGAUUAGAUAUCAAUAGACAGACCAGAUA